GUGUGUGUGUGUGAGGACACUCAGGACAGUCGUGCACCACAAUAGGUUUCGGGAAAACACACAGAUAAUGGAGACUAGCGGUGUUGUGCUUGUCUGUGUGACCUGCCUCAGUCUGUGUACAGGAGCGCGUGGCGGUAAAUAUGAUAUUUUCGCGCGCGUUGUGGAUCUGGUGUCUCCGGGCGAAGAGUUCCUCACAGAAGACGCGCUUCUCUCGGUGUUCGAGCGGCUGGAGAGCCGCGUGCACUGCUCCGGUGUGUCCUGUGGGAAGUGUCUGUCUGUUGAGCAUCUGCAGCAGCUGUUGAGGAACUACAGCAGAUCUCAGGAGCUUCAGAUGCAGGACUUCUUCACGGUGGCUCCUGCGUUGUGUCUGUUCCUGAGCGCCCCGAUGGAGACCUGCAGGGCCGUACGAGAGGGACGCUGGGACACAGAGACACACCAGUUCAUCCAAACCAUCUCAGACCUCAACCACACCGGCCGGCCUCCUCACCAGGGCUUCCCAGAACAUCAGGGUUUGGAGAAGCUGUUCGAUGAGAUGGAGAUACACUAUCAGCCCGACACACAUGAGUCGUGUCUCUCUCUGAAUGCCGUCCUGGACGAGAGCGGAGGUCCUCCCGUAGAGCUGGACGCUGUGUUGGGGAACGUCCUCUAUCAUGUCCUGCGUGGAGACUGUCUCAGAGCUCGUGAUCUUCCUCAGAACGGAUACUUUCUGGAUUACAUCUUCAGCCAUUUUGGCUCUGAUAACCUCACGCUUCAUGAUUUUGAGGAGCUUCUGAAGACACUAAAUCUGGGUGGAGGAGAAGACCAUCACGAUGAUGUCCACCUCGAGCCUCAUCAGGAGGAUCACCAUAAUAACAGCAGCUGGGAUACAAUGUGUUUCAGCGCUAAAGACCUGCUGAGGAUCUACCAGCUGAACUCUUCAUUGCUGACCAGAGAUCAGUUCACACAGCUCAGUCCUGCUCUGAUCCAGCAGAUCCUCAGCGGAGGCUGUUCUGAGAUCAGUGUCACACACGUGACCGCUGAUUCUCUGAGCACAGCCGAGAGAUAUGGAUAUGCCACCCUCGCCAACAUCGUCAUCUGCCUGAUGGCCAUGUUUGGGAUCGUGGUGCUGCUGUUCUCCAGGUGUACGCAGGUGUUCCAGAUGUGCAUCCAGUUCUGCAUCAGCCUGGCUGUGGGAUCCCUCACAGGAGACGCUCUUCUGCAUCUGCUUCCCUCGUUUUUAGGUCUUCAUGCACAUAAAGAUGGACACGGUCAUGAGGAGGAGAACCUCGACUACGUUUAUAAACUCCUGGUGGUCCUUGGCGGCAUCUAUGUCUUCUAUCUGAUGGAAGCCGUAUUCUCCAUCAUCACUCGACAUGGUCGUCAUCAUGAUGGAGAGUCCGACCCUCAUCACUGCGAUCACAGUAAAGUUCUGCAGAUGUUCCAGAGCAGCAGACGCAACAACAGCUCCACCUCACAGGACGAGCUGGUGAACGAGCAAAACAAUGAGAAGUCCUUCCUGGAGCCGUUCAGCAGCGCACGAGAGAAGCGUCUGCUGCCGUUUAUGAUCACCAUUGGUGACGGCAUCCAUAACUUCACGGACGGUCUGGCCAUGGGCGCUGCGUUCUCCGUGUCGUGGCGCUCGGGACUGGCGACGUCACUGGCCGUCCUGUGCCACGAGCUUCCACACGAGUUAGGUGAUUUUGCGAUCCUGCUUCACUGCGGUCUGUCUGUGAAGCGCGCUCUCCUGCUGAACGUGUGCAGCGCUCUCUCCUCCUUCAUCGGCCUGUACAUCGCUCUGUCCAUCUCCACACACACACUCGCUCAGGAGUGGAUCUCUGCCGUCACCGCCGGGCUCUUCCUGUACAUCGCCCUCGCAGACAUGCUUCCCUCCAUGCUUCAUGUGGACAGUAAAUGGCCGUGGCUGGUUUUUCUCCUGCAGAAUCUGGGUCUGAUGACCGGAUGGGGGAUCUUAUUACUCCUGUCUUUAUAUGAAGAUCAGAUUGGAAUCUAAAAUAUGAGGCCGCUUUGUACUAGUGUAUUAUCAUAUUCCCUUCCUCGAGCAUGUUUGUGUGAUCGUCACUUAAAAGAAUGGAAAUUUGUGCCAUUUAUAGUGCGGCCAUGUUUUAAUAUGGGAUAUUAUUCAUUUUAAAACCUAUUAUUUUUUAAUAAUAUUAUUGUAUUUUUAGAACACCUUUUACAAUAUCUUCAGAAAAUGUAAGUCUAAUAUAAGUUUAACGUUUGAAACGGAUAAA